AGCACUGAAGAACUUUACAGCUGAAUAAAGAAAAAGAAUGUUUUCAGUAGAGAGGUUUAAAGGUUUCGUCCACGAGCGGCUAACUGCUGCAGCUGAGGAAAUAUGGGACGUUUUUUCAACAGCUGUCGUCGAGUACGAGGCAGAGAUCAACCGUCAGCGCAGAAUGCUGGACAUCGUUUGGAAACCUCACAUCCACUUACACAGAAUAGACGUCCCACAGCAACAUGUGUGUAAGGAGGAGGAGGAGGUUGGGGCUGAGCAGCAGCUCUGUCACCAGGAGAGGAAGUCCAGUCUGGACCAGGAGGAGCCAGAGCCUCCACAGAUAAAAGAGGAGCAGGAGGGAGAGCAGCUCAAACGGGAGGAGACUGACACGAUGCUGGCUCCUACUCAGGAGGAAGGAGAGCACAGAGAAGCAGAUGGACAACAUGAACUCCAGCUCCUUUCUUGCAACUCUUAUGUUGCUGAGAAUCAAGAUCCCAAAGAGAACAAGCAGAAAGACUCAGAGAUAACUGGAAACUCAAAACCAAGACAAGAGAAAGACAGGAAACACACAGACGUCCCACAUCAGCAGCCCUGUCACCAGGAGAGGAAGUCCUGUCUGGACCAGGAGGAGCCAGAGCCUCCACAGAUGAAAGAGGAGCAGGAGGGAGAGCAGAUCAAAAAGGAGGAGACUGACAUGUUGAUGCUGACUCCUACUCAGGAGGAAGGAGAGCACAGAGAAGCAGAUGGACAACAUGAACACCAGCUCCUUUCUUGCAACUCUCAUGUUGCUGAGAAUCAAGAUCCCAAAGAGAACAAGCAGAAAGACUCCGAGGUAACUGGAAAAUCAGAACCAAGACAAGAGAGAGACAGGAAACACACAGAUGAGAGGAUGCAUUCAUGUGAAUCUUUGGGAAAACGAUUUAAAUAUAACUUUGUAUUUAAACAACACAUGAGAACACGCACAGGUGGGAAGCCUUUCUCCUGUAGCACCUGUGAAAAAAAAUUCUCUCAGAAAUCAAAUUUUACUCGGCACAUUCUUACUCACACAGGUACAAAGCUGUACACCUGUGAUACCUGUGGGACAUCAUUUACACAGAAAUAUAAUUUGGAUAUGCACGUCAAAAUCCAUACAGAUGAAAAACCACAUACCUGCACAAUAUGCACCAAAUCUUUUAGACGUAAAGGUACUUUGACAGUCCACGUGAGAAGACACACAGGUGAGAAGCCUUUUUCCUGCAGCACCUGUGGGAAAAGAUUCUGUCAGAAAUCAGAGAUGAAUAAACACAUUCUUAUUCACACAGGUACAAAGCCAUACACCUGUGGUACCUGUGGGACAUCAUUCACACAGAAAUAUCAUUUGGAUAUGCAUGUCAAAAUCCAUACUGGUGAAAAACCACAUACCUGCACAAUUUGCAACAAAUCUUUCAGACAAAAAAGUACUUUGACAGUCCACAUGAAAAGACACACAGGUGAGAAGCCUUGCCCACAAUUUCCACAUAGGACGACUGCGCCGCAGGUUCGCUCCGACCGAAGGCAAGCGACCUCGCCCACUGGCAGUGUGUCUAGAGCGCGGCUCAGCGGUGCGCAGCCCUGAUCAGCAGGCAGACAUCAAGGGAGAACUGCGAGUUCAUGCAGGAAUAGUAUGUCAACAGCGGAUAAUUUUAACUUUGGGACUUAAUUUAUCAUCCUCCCCGGUGUACGUCCAUGAUGUUAUUGAUUUCUCCAUUGGGUGAGUACAUUAGGAAGUUAAAGUUUGCUUGAAGGAUUUGUGUUUUAUGCAAAAUUCUUUGGCUAAAUAUCCCC